AUGUCGAAUUUGACAAAACUCGAGAUUACUGCCCUUGAUAUUUCUGGAAGAAAUUAUAUGAGAUGGGCAGUAGCUGCAAGGAUGCAUUUAAAAGGAAAUGAGCUCCUUGAUACCAUCGAUAAAACAAAAACAACUCCUGAAGAGAAAAAGGCGAAAGCCAUGAUCUUUUUAUUCCACCAUAUCCAUGAUGGUUUAAAAGAUGAAUAUAUCACGAAAGAAGAUCCUGCAGAUCUUUGGCAAUCACUCCAAGAUAGGUUUGAUCACCAGAUAUAUGUGAUCUUACCAAAGGCUAGACAUGAGUGGUUGAACCUCCGGUUCCAGGACUAUAAGAGCGUUAGUGAGUAUAACUCCGCUCUAUUUGGAAUCACUUCCAGGAUAAUGUUAUGUGGAGAAAAUAUAAGUGAUCAUGAUAUGAUUGAGAAAACUCUCUCAACAUUUCAUCCUGGAAACGUAGUCCUGCAACAACAAUACCGGGCAAACGGAUACAAGAAGUAUUCGGAGUUAAUGCAAGUUCUCUUGGUGGCAGAACAAAAUAAUGAACUCGUGAUUUUAAACCAUCAAUCUCGUCCAACUGGAUCAGCUUCAUUCCCAGAAGUGAAUGUUGCAUCGUCAAGCCAUGAAAAUUGGCAAAGUGGACGUGGACGCGGUCGCGGAAAUGAUCGUGGUCGUGGAUGA